UACUCCGAAAGUGCGCAGUACGCGGGUCUCCCUCUCUCUUCUCUAUUAUAUGGAUAUUUGCUAUAUAACAGAGAGACUUGUCAGAUAGUCGACAGUUCCACUGUCAACUUGCAUCAGCAACGCGUAUAAUAGCAAACAUUUAACUACCGUGCAUAAUAAUACAUAUAGUAAGUGCAAAAAGUAAUAGUCAUCAACAUGGGCGUAAUCGACUACAAAGUGUUUCUGGUCUGGUCUGAAGACCCGGAUCAAAAGACCGAGAUCCAUCGACUUUCCAUGGACAUCAUCAAGAACCCUUUCUCGAAGCUUCAGGAAAAACUCCAGGUCAUAUUCCCCGACACCCACGGCAAACGCUUGGACAUUUCCUGGAAAGAUGGUGAAGGAGAUUGUAUUCGCAUUACCAAUGAUGAGGAGUUGUCUAUAGCGAUCAACGAGAUCAACGAACCGAUACGCAAGCUGUACGUCACCGCGUACCAAAACAACCACAAGACUUUCCCCUCUGCCAGCGAUGCUUCCUCGGUGCCGAAAACUAAGCAUCCGGGUGUUAUUUGCGAUAGCUGUGACAAGCCCGUUAUCGGUUUCCGGUACAAAUGCCUUCAAUGCCCCGAUUACGACUUGUGCAGCAAUUGCGAAAUCAAAAAUUUACACGCCAAACACCUGAUGAUCCGCAUGCCCACACCCCUGCACUUGCGCUCACAUCACGAGAAGCGCAUGUUUUACAUUAUCAACAAGUUCAUGAGAAAAGCCUCGUCUCCCACCUCGGACGAAGAUGAAUCUAAGGAAUGUCCCUUCAAGAACAGAAGGUACAGUAGCACAUCGCACAGCCGUCACUAUGAUCAUGACCCGCAGACCCCAUCUUGGCUGAACACUUUUACGACGUACUUGAAUGACUGGGCCAACUUCCCGGAAUGCCCUAUCAUGGAAAAUGGAAAAAAGGAGUCCGAGCAGGAAAAAAAUCAGGGCAAGUCGGACAAGGGUUCUGCAGCCUCGUCAAGCGAGAAAAAUUCAGAGGAGCCCCACGUCGAAUUAUUGAAGAAUAUUGGCGAAACUAUUUCGCAUUUUUUAGACCCGCUGGGCAUCGACGUGAACGUUCAAGUAAAAACUGAUAAAACCGCGGAAACGAAUAAUUCAACUUCCACUGACAAUCCGGCAUCUAAUAACGCAAAAUCUACCGCCAAUCGCUCCUCUUCCAAGCAAAGUGGAGUAGACCAAGCAAGUGAAUCUGGAUCAAGCACCCCAAGGAGCCAGAAAGGCGAUGCCACUCCUGAUAGAAAGCCUUCAAGUAGUUUUACUAAAGAGCCCUCACCUGCUCAAAAUAGUGAAAGCCAAGGAAAAAAAGAAGAAACCAAAUUGUCCAACGACAAUGAAAAUUUAAAGACUGAUGAUUGGACCUUACUGGACACUGAAAACAUUCCCACUGCUCCUGUUGAAACAUCUGAUGCUGCAAGUAACACUGACGCAAAGAAGCCAAGUACCACCGAGGAUAAACCUACCGAGGGCUCGUCAAUUUAUCCAUCUCUACAAAACGUUACUGAUACAGUUUGGCAUUCCAAUCCCAAAAUACAGCGUGCAGUUGAUGCAAUGAUGCAAAUGGGGUUCACCAAUGAAGGAGGCUGGCUAACUCAACUGUUGGUCUCAAAGAAUGGAGAUAUCAGCAAAGUUUUAGAUGCAUUACAACCUACUCGCAAUUAAAGCAUAAUUCAUUUGUUAUUCAAAAAUUAAAUUAAUACAUACCUAAAGGUCUAUGUGAAUCUGGUAAAACUAUUGGUUGAAGUAUUAUUAUGAGUAAUAGAGUAGAAAAGUUAUUUAAUAGCUCUGUAUUUGCUGGGUAUAUAUGUACAAGUAUAAAUAAAAUAUUGGAAAAAAAGUA